CCUUCUUCUCCCCCUCCUCUACAAAAUAUUAUUCUAUUAACAAAAAGUAUUGGUUCAUUUUGACCUUCUUCCCCCACCAUAAACGCCAGCCAAAGAAAUAUUCUUCUAUAAUUAACGGACUCUCUCUUCACCAUCCAUUCUCUCUUUUUUCUCUUCUCAGAUUAUUCUCUAAAUAUAUCUCUUCUUUGUGCUCUUGAACUUUAUGUCUGGUUAUACACGCUUUCUUACAUCUCUACUAUCUCCCUCGUUUUCCCAUUCUUCACUUCAUCUUCAUAUAUACACGCGUAUGUCAUGUCUAUCUAUGUCUAUCUAUGAUAUAGCAUUUUAAAGCCUUGAGGCAUUUGGUGUUCGUUCUUGCUUGCUUCUUGAAUUGACUGCUAUAAUUAUGUAUGGAAAAACCGUAAAUGAUUCAGAAGGAGAAAUCAAGGUUAGUUUUGGCUAUCAAUGCAUCUGCAAGAACGAUGAUUCUCGUGACAAAUCAAACGGUAUAGACAUCCCAUCAGUAAUCAAACUCCGAAGAUCUAACAGUUCCUUCGCUCGUCUGUCCGGGGCUGCAAUAAGUGCCAAUGCUACAUUAGCCAAUACAAAUAUAUGCAACGGGUUGUUUGGGGCAGAAAUACUGCCGUCUUUGGAUUCUCCAAAUUCAUUCCGGAGGAUCCCAUCUUCACCAACGAUCUCAAAGCUCGAUUUUCUGUCAUCAUCUCUCCAGAGUAGCUUGUCAAACUUUAGUUGUAGUCCAUCCCUUACAACUGACACGCUGGAUUAUGAUUCCUUUUCAAUUAGGUCCACGAGUGCACCUUCACGAAGCGACAGCUUCCUGAAUACAGUGGAAGUACAAGUUGCAGGUGGUGCAGCUGGUGAAGAUAGAGUUCAAGCUGUUUGCUCUGAAGAGAAUGGUUGGGUCUUUUGUGCCAUCUAUGAUGGAUUCAAUGGUCGAGAUGCUGCUGAUUUUUUGGCUGGAACAUUGUACGAAACAAUUGGAUUUUACCUUAAUUUGUUAGACUGGGAACUAGAGCAGGAGUGCAUUAAAGCUUCUGACUGUAUCACCUAUGAUAAAUCCCUUAAUUGUAUUCUGAGAGAUGGUAAUUGCAUGUAUCGUACACCUAACUGUGUGAAAGUGGAUAGAUCUUGUGGUCUGUUUAAGCAGAGGGUUCUUAACAGCCUUGAACGGGCUCUUAGUAAAUCCGAGAAUGAUUUCCUACGCAUGGUGGAACAGGAAAUGGAGGACCGUCCCGAUUUAGUAUCUGUCGGAUCUUGUGUGUUACUUGUUUUACUCCAUGGGAAGGACUUGUAUGUGCUAAAUGUUGGUGAUAGUCGAGCUGUAUUGGCAACAUACGAUGAAGGCAUUGAUAUGAAUGGAAUAGAAGGGCUGCAAGCUGUCCAACUCACCGAUAGUCAUACUGUUGACAAUGACAGAGAGAGAAAACAACUUCUACAUGAUCAUCCAGACGACCCCUAUACAGUUGUUGCUGGAAAAGUAAAAGGAAAAUUAAAGGUUACCCGGGCUCUUGGAGUUGGUUAUUUGAAAAAGGUGUAUUGGGCAUUCAUCUUUUUGCAUUGGUCACCCUAUCAUCCAAGAAGGUCGUCUCUCUCUGCGAGAGACAAAAAACACACAGAAGUGGAGAUCUCCACUAAAAACUUGAACGAUGCUUUGAUGGGUAUCCUUAGAGUCCGUAAUCUCAUGAGUCCUCCAUAUGUAUCUGUGCAACCAUCUCUCUAUGUACAUGAAAUUUCAGAUUCUGAUUACUACGUUGUACUUGGGAGUGAUGGUUUGUUCGACUUCUUCAGCAAUGAUGAAGUUGUGAAACUUGUGCAUUCUUAUAUUCUGAGAACCCCUUCUGGCGAUCCAGCCAAGUUUCUAGUCGAGCAGCUUGUAGUAAGAGCAGCAGAUUCUGCAGGAUUCAGCAUGGAGCAGCUGAUGAGCGUUCCUGCUGGUCGGAGACGGAAAUAUCAUGACGAUGUUACAGUGAUUGUGAUAGUUCUGGGCACGAACAAGCGCACCUCAAAGGCUUCAACAUGUUUAUGAAUCUCAGCUUCAAAUUCCGCCCUCUGCAACUUUCGUUUGCUGGCUGUUGUCUAGAAAAUCUACAGAUUAGGGAUCAUUACAUAAUUGGAUCACCUCACUAUAUAUUAUUUUCAUGGAACGUGUUCUCUAUGUAUCUGUAAACACUAGUGAGCCUUUAUAUGAAAUGCAAAAAUUAGUUAUAACGUUCAAGGAAUUUCAUUUGAUGCAAAUUGGUAU